AUGGAGGACACAUCCCGAAAUGAUUUCAAAUAUUUGUUCAAAAUUUUAGUGAUCGGAGAUGUUGGCGUUGGGAAAACGUCUUUGAUUCGAAGAUUUACCAAGGGAUACUUCGCCGAGAACAUCUCUUCGACUGUUGGCGUUGAUGUGGACUCGAAGAUUCUGAACAUUCAUGGCGAUAAAGUGAAACUUCAGUGCUGGGACACUGCUGGACAAGAAAAACACCGCUCAAUAACACAGAGCUACUACCGAAACGCCGAUGCUGUCAUCAUGGUAUUUGACCUUACAAAUCGUGGCUCGUUCGCCAGCAUACCUCAGUGGUUGAUGGAUGUUCAGCGUUACACAACGAAGAACGCCGUCAAGGUACUGGUCGGUAACAAAACAGACUUGAAAGGCGCUAAAAGAAUGGUGAAUUCAAGAUCUGCGGCAAAUCUCGCAGAAUUCGAGGAUUUAUUGUACAUUGAAACGUCCGCUAAAUGGGACGACAACAUUGAGACUCUUUUCACUGAGUUAGCUGAGCAACUGAGAGAAAAUGCAAAGAGCAGGAAUCUGAACCGCCAAAACUGUACCACCAACUACAGUGUCGUCAAGAAGACCUUUAGCAUUGUAUCUUACAUAAAGAAACUUGGACAGAAACUGCCUAUUCAAACCACGGCGACUUUGUGUGGAAUUUAA